AGAGACAAGACGAUGAAUGAGAAGGACGACUGUACUGAUAACUUGCCGAACUUUGAACCGGUUUGUUAAUGAAAAAUACACAUAAUAAUCGCUUUUCAGUGUUAUUUUGAUUUAAGACACUAGCUAGACUGAAUAGAAUAAUUUAAAAUGGCACUGAGAUCAUUUGGCAAAGUUUUUGCAUCAAAAACAUCGUUCAAAUUGGUAGAAAAUGCAUUAAAAUUACAGAAUGUGAGGUUAUUUUCGUCGCCUGCAGGGGACAGUUUCGAAUUUAUCAAAACCAGUACAGCCGGCGCCAAGAACAACGUAGGGAUUAUACAACUGAACCGCCCCAAAGCACUGAACGCCCUGUGUAACGGUUUGAUGCUGGAAGUGGCCAAGGCACUGGACAGCUUCGAAAAUGACACAAGCAUAGGCGCCAUUGUUAUAACUGGCAGCGAGAAGGCUUUUGCCGCAGGUGCCGACAUCAAGGAGAUGCAAAACAACGACUACGCCCAGUGUAUACGCAGCAAUUUCCUGGAGCACUGGAACAGGGUCAGCAAAACUGCCAAGCCGGUCAUCGCAGCUGUCAACGGAUACGCCUUAGGUGGUGGAUGCGAAUUAGCCAUGAUGUGCGACAUCAUCUACGCGGGCGAAAACGCCAAGUUCGGCCAGCCAGAGAUCCUCAUUGGUACCAUCCCCGGAGCGGGUGGUACUCAGAGACUACCCAGAUACGUAGGAAAGUCAAAAGCCAUGGAAAUAGUGCUUACAGGUUGCCAAGUGCCAGCUGUCGAGGCAGAAAAAAUGGGCCUGGUUGCCAAAGUGUUCCCUGUUGAGAAAUUGCUGGACGAAUCAGUUAAACUGGGAGAGAAAAUCGCCAGCAAUUCGCAGCUAAUAACGAAAUUGUGCAAGGAAUCGGUAAACACAGCGUUCGAGACAACCUUGGCUGAAGGUUUACAUUUUGAAAAACGAACGUUCCAUGGAACCUUCGCCACAAAGGACAGAUUGGAAGGGAUGACAGCCUUUGUGGAAAAGAGACCACCCAAUUUUACUAACGAAUGAUUUUAUCUGUUCAAAUUUAUAUACACGUUAUUAUAUACACUUUAAAAUAAAAUGGAUAAUUUUUGUAAAAAAAUAUAAAGUAAAAAUAUU